AUGACCAAUAGUAGCACAUCGUUCCUGAAUGAUUCAGAGAGCCCUUUCCACAGUUAUGAACAUGAUCAAGACCCAAUCAUGAUUGCAUCUCGAUCAGAGCAACUGCAAAAGACUCGGUGGAGAUACUGCUCUGAAUCUACCCUGGCGUCUAAGCCUAUGCAGAGACGACAUACAAAUCUACAGCAACCUCUCAACUUGGUUGCGUUGGGAAGAACUGGCGAUGGCAAAUCGAGCUUGCUGAAUGAUUUGCUAGGCGCCAAUGUCUUUGCACAAAAAAUUUCGGCCAAGUCUCAAACAAAGGAAAUCCAAUCUAGUCAAGCAUUCUGGGCACCUCUUCAUCCUUACAUGCACGGUAAAGAAACAUUUGGAUGUCAAAUCAAUGUGAUUGACACACCUGGCUUUGGCGAUUCUCAAAUGAGAGAUCAAGAGUUUUUCAAUACUAUUCAACAAGCUCUUUUGGAUACAGCUAUUCACAAAGGAGGCAUCCAUUGCAUAUUGAUGGUCUUUAAGAUUACUGCAAACUCGGAUAACGUUUUCAAGAGCAUUGAAUCAUUUCACAAGCUAGUAUCGCCCUACACUGUGAAUCAGGACUUUUGGGGCAAUGUACUACUUGUCUUUACCCAUGUAGACAUCGUCAACGGGAAUACAAACAGAUACCAGAGCCAUAAGGUUGCAUUGAAAACUAAAGUGAACCGUGCCUUGAAGGAAAAGUAUGGGCUGGCAUCUGAUUUGCCCAUGUUAUGGAUCAGUACUCAAAAGUAUACUUGUGGAUUUCUGAAGGGACUGAGCGAUGUCUGUGAUUGUGAAAAAGGAAAUCGAUAUCAUUCGGAUUGCAGAAGACGACUCUAUGAACAAGUGAUGAAGAGGAAGAAUACACCAUUUACGCUCAAAGAAAAGGUGGAAGAGGAAGAGGAAGAGGGAGAGGGAGAGAACGUGGAGCAGGAUGCUGGCAAGUCUCCUGAAGGAGAAUCAUCAUAG